AACAACAUGGCGCGGUCUUUGGCGCGAAUUUUGUAGUCACAUUUUUGUGCGUUUCAAGUUUAGAAAUUAGAGUUUUUGCGGAAAAAACAUGGUGCAGAUACAUAUAAGAGGUGUUAGCAUUGAGUUUCCUUUCACUCCAUACGACUGCCAAGUUUCUUACAUGGAAAAAGUAAUAGAAUGCCUUCAAGAGGUGAGGUGUAUUUUUCGGGUUUACCUCGGUGUAAGAACCUGUACACUUUUUCUUUGUUUUGCACCUUUUGUUUUCCUAGGUUUUAUUGUGUUGACUUCUUUUUUUCCUUUGCUUUACCUUACAUCGUGAGUUUCACAGGUUCUUACACUGAGGAUGAGCUUAUAUUUCAGCUGAGCUUACUUUCAGCACCCAGGCAAAGAGAACGAUUUUAAUACUAAGAAUUUAGAAAGAUUUCCCUAAAAACCCCCACAUUUGUUAUGAAAGCAGUAAUUUCGAUCUAUUCCACACUAUUUUCACAGAAGUUUAUUCUUUGCGAAGCGAUAACCUGUUCCACGCUCUCAGAUAGUGGGGAAGACGCAAAAGUAAAAGGCACGCGAAAAGGGGGCAGUGGCGGCAAAAAGGAAAUAGUUUCCUCUCACUCUAUUUUCAUGUUCAUGCUUUCUCAAAUAUGUGGACCAGACUAUCUCGGAGAUGGGUACUGAAGCGAGAGCUGUUUAGGCCCGAGCAGAGCAAAGGUUUAGGUAAACUUGUCUGGUGCGCAACAUGCACGAGGAUUGCCUCUCCCUUUCUAUUGGUUUGAGCAAAUGCAGUUGCCGAGCAACAUGGCAUGAUGUGAACAAAACUGCCACAAACCUGGCCCAGUUCUUUUAGCAGCCAUUUAAUAGGUCAAGAAAGUCUUUUCACACCAGGUAGAAGUACCUCUAACGUGAUUUGGACCAUUAGCUUCAAAAUAACAGUGAAAAUUGUGGUACAAAAACGUAUGUUUUGUGCCCUACUUAGCAGACAAGUUGUAUCGCUUUGUUGGGCAUAUAUUCUUUCAGUUCAAUGAGAUGAUUUUGAAUUCGUUUUUUAUAGCCAAUAGCCGUUUUUUUUCCUGAAAUAUAUCUUUGAAUUUGUGUUUAAUAUGGCUCAAACAGCUUUAAAUGCCAUUUGCUGGUCUGAUAGAAGUUCCAUGGAAAAGGCUUAAAUGAAAUACCUUUCUUGCCACUUAUCUAUUUAUCCUCAGUAGUGUAGUGGUAAGGAAAAGUCUUGCCGAACAGGAUGUGAGAGUCUCAAGUCCUAGUUAAUAACCCUUUUCUUUUUUACUUUCUUCUUUUUUAUUUCCCACUGUUGUUUUGGUUUGUUUGCUUAUCUUUUUUUCAUAUAUACACAGGCUACUAUGCAACAUACAUUGAAAUAUGGCUGCCAUAUUGAAGUUGUGAAUUUGAGCCCAGGCCUCUCACAAAUGUCAUCUUUUCAUGUGCAAAAACUGCGGGCAAAAACAUAGUUGCUGCAAAGCAAAAGGUCGCUUACUGAGCAUCUUUAAUCAAAAUUUUCAUUGGGAGCAUGCCAUGUGCUAUGCCUGUAAAUAGCACUGUAACAGCUGUACAAAAUUCUAUUGAGAACCCUGUUUAGUGAGUUGCAGGGGUUAAUCCAGUCCAGUCUGUUCUAGGUUUUGAUGAUGCCUUCUACGGCCUCUUGCGUUUGUGAUUUUUCCUUGAAAGAUUUUCCUCUGAUAACUGAUGUAAAGUGUUUAUGUACCCAUGCAGUUAUGCACUAUCUAUAUCUUUAUUUACCAGGCAUUAAUUAUCUGAAAGGGUAAAAAAUAACUUGCCAGCCAACUACAGUUGGGCUUUAUCCUAGUAUCCCCAUGGUUGGAAGAGGUUAUCAGAUAAUGAUCUGCUCUCUGUAACAGACAAUUUUAAUUCCUCCAGAAAAAGAAUGGAAUUCUUGAGAGUCCUACCGGUACUGGCAAGACACUGUGUCUAUUGUGUGCAACAUUGGCCUGGCGUGAAGCCUAUGUAGCUAAGCUACAGCUUAAUCAAAGGCUAAGUGCUGAUCAAGGUGGAUCUAAUUAUGUGGAGAAACUGGGUGCACAGUUACAGCAGGCUGCCAAUGGAGACUCUUGGAGUGCACAGGAUGGCAAUGAUAAAGGUUAGCAGGUUAAUUACAGCAAUUAUUAACUGAUAACCAAUAAAGCACUUUAGAUUGAGGAAGAAUGAUUAACACGUGUCCGGUUAGUGCAUGGGCUUCUGUGCAGGAAGUCCCAAGCUCAGUUCCCAGGUCUGGCCUCAAAUCCUUCUUUUGAUUUCUCUCUUUUCCGUGUAGCUUUACGGAGCUUUAUUCAUACCUGUAAAACAGAGGCUGGUGGAGAGAGGUGUGUAAAAUGAGCACACUGUCAGCCUAAGGUUUGUUAGUCAGAUGACUAUUUCGAGCUACCAAUGUAAAAUAUAACAUCUUAUCCCUGGAUAUAAGUCAAGGUAUACUUGCAGUGAUUGUGAACUCACCCUAGCUUCCCCUCCCUCACACUGGAUAUACACUUCCUUCUAUCCUCCUAAAACAUCCUUUUUUCCAGAUACUGGGCAUUUAUUAUGACCAUGCAAGUAGGUGCAUGAGGAACAAUAAUAUUUUCUUAGUUGUUACCUUUCAAGGUCAUAGCUCUCUAUCUACUCUAGCUAUUUUUCUUUACAUAAAUUACAAUCAAUUUUAAAGUCAACGCAGAAUCAAAACCCUCUGUUUAUAUAGUCCCACCAACACCCCUUAAAAAGCUGCAAUGUCUUUUUCUCAUUAAGAAAAGUCUAGUUCACUCCAAGCUAGAAAGUUCAGUUGACUUCACUCACCAAGUGACAAAUGUGUUGUGCUCUAAAACCUUUUUUUAUGUCUUCUGAAUUCCUGUCAUAUUUGAAUUCUUAAUGUUUGAUAUGGCACUACAUGUAGCUUUUGUGUGAGAUCUACAUGGUUGGGAAGUUUAAAGUGACAAAGGCAAUCAUCUAUUAUCAUUGAAUUACAGCUUCCUUUUUUGAGGCCCCAAGAGUUCUCUAUGCAUCUAGAACACACUCUCAGCUAUCACAAGCUGUACAGGAACUGAAGAACACUAUUUACAGGUACAACUUUGCUACUAUCCUUUAUCUAUUACGCCAAAGACUUAUAGCUAUUUAGAUCUAAGAGCAGCUACUGUAUGUCACCUCAUUAGCCAAAGAAAAAACAUAAACAAAUAAAUUUUGUUCUAACUUCAAUGUUGUGACUGUAUGAAAUGGGAUGAACAUGUGAAUGAAUCAACAAAAGUAUUGGGCUGAGUUUGUACAGUUCACUUUUGGGUGAGUCUCAGUAUUUUUUCUUAACCUACAUGUAUUUCUCAGUUUAUUGUCUUCUCAGUUUGUUGUCACCUUAUUUGCAGACCCAAAGUUAGCAUCAUUGGUUCUCGUGAACAGCUUUGCAUCAAUAAUGAAGUGUUAAAGCAAGAAACCAAUUCAGGCAAGGUGAGUAAAGAGAUCUCUGUCUUCGAACAACAUAACUCAAUGGAAAAUAAACAUUAAGCUCCUUUAAAUUGUUAAGUGUGAUUUUUGUGGUAAGCAUAGUUCCUUUCAACCUGGAAAAAAGUUAUCUUCAGAAGGGUGCAUAGAAAAUCAUUUUUACAGCUUGCCAUUCUGGCAAGCUUAGGCUAGCAUUUACUGGCCCAGAUGUUAUUUCAACUAGCCCCAAAAACUUUUUGACUAGCAGAAUUGAUUUCACAGUUCUUCUGUUUUUCAAAUUCCUCAAAAAAAUCACUUGCCGUUUGGGCAAGUUAAAAACAGAAUUUAUUAGCCUGAUAGCAAAAUCCACUAGCCCUGGGCUAUCGGACACUACUUUGUUUGCAUGCUGUUCAGGGUUGAUCAAGGGUAAGAUUAAAAUUAAAAACAACAACAAUAAAAAUUGCUCUUUCGUUUUGGCAAGGUAUUGCUUACUUAGGGGCAGUCGUGUCGGACUGCCAACCCCCUUUUCAUUAACAUACUUUAAAAUGGCAAAUGCUGCUUCCCUAUCAGACUACUCGUCAUUAAAACAUGCUAUCACGAUGGGUUGUUCCACUAGCCAUGGGCUAUCCAACAGCACAUGUGUUGUACCUUGGGAUUGCAAAUGAACAGGAGAUGUUAAUAUUGGUCCUUUCUCUUCUAAUUCAAAUUCAAGUAGUGUAUGGCAGAACCCAAGUGGCUCUUGAUUUCUUGUCAAAUUCUCUAUUUGAUUUCCAAGAAAAUGUACACAAAAACUGUACUAGCAAACCUCUGAACCUUACUGUAAAUUAAAACUGUGAUUAUUUUGGACUCUAUUGUAUACCAAAAUUAAUCUUAUUGUCUUGUCUCCAAUAAUAGGUGCACUUAUGCAGAGCAAAAGUUCAGGCAAGAAAUUGCCAUUUUUACAACAACCUGGAAGGUAUGGUUUCUUUUCAACCAGCAUUUACAAUGGUAUAAGAACUUUUUAUGCUACUGAAUUGCUCAUCCUUCAUGCUAAGUAAACUGAAGUGCACUUUUGCCUCCUUAACUGGAGAUUAAUUUUGAUCUUCAUUUUGACCACAGUACUGUAUCUUACAAAGCAAUUGGCAGUUUGCAGGCUAGUUUAAUGUUUUGGUAUCUUCUAUUCUGUAGCAAACAAAGCAAACAAAGAUUUUACUCAAAGUAUUCUUGAUAUUGAAGAUCUGACAGAGCUUGGACAAAAACACAGGUAACUUUCUCAGUCAUACUUUUUGCUUUAAGAGUUUGUACAAAAUCUUUAAAAAGUGACAUGACAGUUCCUCACAUAAAAUUAAUUGAGUUCCAAGUGUCAGCAAUCAUAGUUUGGUACCCCAUCCUGAUAACAUAACAAGUGAGAAGGGAAGACACUGCCACGGUUUCAUUGAGUUUUCACUGAUGUUAAUAUGAAUUUCAAUAUUGAAUAUUUGAACACAAGUCCUUUCCAAAAUAGUGUUACUUUACCUUAAGUGGCUUGUCUGACCAAUGGUGCCACGAUACAGUUAGUUCACUUUAUAUUCUAAUGCGGAAAUUCUGCAGCACAACGUUGUAAGCUGAUUCAGUGCUCUCAAUAUCCAGAUUAAGUCACUUAAUCUUUCUUGAACUUUGUUUUUUUAGGGUGUGUCCUUAUUACAUGGCAAGAGAACUAAAGACUGGUGCAGACAUAAUAUUUAUGCCAUACAACUACCUCUUGGAUGUAAAAGUAGGUUUGUAGUAAUCUUUUUUAUGACCUCAGUACAUUAGUUAAGCUUCAAUUAUUUGUCGCAUUAAUGCCAUCUAUAUAUUUUAAACCCUUUGAACAGGUGUUUUGUAAGGGGAGUAGUAGGGAAAAGUGGAAAACCAUCUCCAGUGAAUAAAUUGAAAAAGAAUUAAAUGAACAAAGGAAAGUUAAGUGGUGGCUUGCCCGCAGUUUAGUUCCUUGUUAACCAUUUCACAUCAAAUAUUUGAAGUCAUAAAGUGUUGGUUUUUGAAGAGGGGGUAAAACUGGAGUAGGGUGGUGUACCUGGAAAGAAACUUUUCAUAGCAAGGGUGAGAACCAACAACAAACUCAACCCACAUAUGACAUGCCAACACCAUGUGGAUUUUGCCCAUGCACAGAUUAGUUUUUUAAAAAGUGCCAAAAUUUUCCAUUUAGUGCCAGUGUUUUGUUCACUGCAAAUUAGUAUGUUAUACCAUGGCAUUUUUGGUUUAAAAAAAAGAGGAGGACAAAAAAAAUUCAAGUUAUAUGAUAGCUUACAUGUUAAGUGUUAAAUUUUCUUUUAUUUCAUCAGUCAAGAAAGGCAAAUAACGUGGACAUAUCAGGCAGUAUCAUUCUUUUUGAUGAGGCUCAUAACCUGGUAAGAAAAUGCUGAUGGAAGUUAAAAUAAUUCUACCAGCAGGGUCCAUGCACACGCAAAAAACUGUGUCCGAGACAAAUGAUUUUGGCUAAGGGACAACUGUGAAGAAAGCAAUCGUACUUGUCGUCAAGAUAAGUUCGUCUUCUGAAGAAAAAACUCUGAAACCAUCCUCGUUUUAAAUAUGUUUCAUAAGGGAAAUGAAUAGACAGUCAGGGUUUUUGUAGUGUAAAUAAACUGAUCAUCCUGAGAAACUCAAGUUAGAAAUGGAAAGUUUGUAAGAGCUGAUGUACAGCUGUUCUACUUUUAAUAAUAGGAAACAAGGUCAUGGUUGACAUUUAUGGCUUUUGCACUGUUAGUAAUGAUCAUGAUGUAAUAGAUUUUGCAAUGUUGCCUGCUCAGAGCAUUUAAUGUUUGGAACAGUGUCUGGAGAAGUAUAAUUUGUGCUCUAGGAAAAAUAAUAAUUAUAGGUUAACCCCCUCCCCUCCCCCCGCCCCCCAAAAAAAACUCUUAAGCUUUGAAAUUCAGGACAUGGGCAAAUUCGGGUUUUUUUUUUUUUAUCUUUGGGGUCAAAACAUGUGCACCUAUCAAUGCUAAUAUGAUUUUUACCCCUGGUGGCCAUUAUUUCUUCGUAAACUCCUUUGAGCUUUGGUCUUACUCUAGGCAUAUUCGCUAGGCAGCAUUGAAGGAAGUUGAAAAUGAAACUAACAGUUAGCUAAUGUAUUUUUUGUCCUUUCAGGAAAAGAUGUGCGAAGAGACAGCCUCCUUUGAUUUAACUUCCUUUGACAUUGCAUCUUGUAUAGAAGAUGUAGCACAGUGCAUUGAGUUUGUUGAAUGUCGUGAGCAUAACGAAUUGGAUGUUGAUGAAGGAACAGGUAAUGUACUCUUGCAGUCUAGUUAAAAAGGGAGCAUACAGUCAUGUAGGGUGGAGCAGGGGUGGGGUUAGGAGGUUAAGUAUACUUCUUAAAAAGGCUUACUUCUUAAAGAAUGUCGAAGAACUCAUGCACUUACUUUUCUUCAAAUUUAAUGGGUCACCAAACAUACACACUCCUUUCUUGUGGUGCAUGAUUUAACCUCACAAUAAUAUUUGAAGAUAACUAAGAGACUGCUUGCAGUCUAUCCCAGCCAGUGCAGUGGUGUGAAUGUCAUUGACAUGUGAAGACUUGGUCGCUCAAUUUAGUUGCAAAAAGUAAUGUUUUAUCAUCAGUCACAGUGACAUGUACGUUGCAGUUUAUUUUGUUAUUUCAGUUAAUUUUUGUUUUUCUUUUUUGUGUCAAAUUCAUUAGCAUACAUUACCAUUCCCAAAAGCAAUGGGAAAAUGAAAAUAAACUGAGAUAAAAAAUUAACUACAACAUAUAUAUGUAUGACUGGAUUUUGUUAAAGGUCUAGGUUUUAUUCUAAAAAAGUGUUUAUUCCUAUCUGUAUUAGGAUUAUGUUCUUCUAUGCCAAACUCAAUCAUAUUGAACAUACACUUAUUGACUUUCCUUUUUGUUUCUGACUGAAAAAGGUGAUGUGGAUGUUAGCAAGGAAGAUCUUGCCCGCCUUAAAUGUAAGAGACAUUUGAUUGGUAUUUCUGUAAUAUUGAUCACUUAAUUAGAAGAGUAUGCUGAUAGCGUAAUAAAACCCCUAUUAAAAACCCUCAGUUGAUGAAUGAAUGUAGAAGUAAGGGCUUAUAUACACUUUUUCAUGUUAUGUACCGUUUUUCACACUAACAAAAAAAUACUUUGUAUUUCAAAAAUUUGUAAUAGAAAAACAAACUACAGUGCUGUUUUUUUUUUUUUCUGCAGUUCUGUUUAUUGAACUUGAGAGCUUGAUUGAUGCACAGGAGCUGCCAAAAAAUGGUGAUGGGUUAACAAAGCCUGGCAGGUUUGAUUUUUGUGGGGUUUUUUUACUUCACCACUCUUCAAUUGUUGCAAGGCCCGUGAUACGUUUUUUUCUGGUUUAUGGUAGCUUGUUAAAUCUUGCAAGGACAAUGAUUCCAUUUUUUGCAUUCAGGCAAAUUACUACUGGCUGGUUGGUUUUUGAAAUUGUUUUAGCACUGGUAUUAGACUUUUUAACAACAGACAUGGUUUGAUCCCUAGUCAGAACAGGAUUUGGGACCCCAAAAUAUUUGAGUAGAACGUGCUGCUCCCUCACUUUGUUCAUAUUUGUACAGGGUCAGUGUAUUCUCAUUGGAUGAGGACAUGAAACUAUCAGUCCCACCUCACAAUACUUCUCUGAAUUGCCUCUUAUGGGAAGUAAAAGAACUAAUGAGGAGAUAACCAUUUCUAGCAGGGACCACCCUUGUUUCUAUCUGUCAUUGGUUGUGGGUAUGGGUAGGGGAGGAUACCUGGCUUAGGAUGUGAGUAUCAUUUGUGCCACACCCCACUGGGUAGACCUGUGUCCAGUAAAGCUGAUAAAAGUAAACUUAUUGUUGAAAAAAAAAAUUAUAUUUGAUUAUAUAAAGGGUUGGCUGAGUGUCCAGGCUCUUUUCUAAUAUCUCCCUCUGCUUCACAGGUUUAUGUUUGAACUACUGUCCAAAAUUAACAUAACCUCUUCCUCAAAAGAUCAAGUCCUGGAGGUUUUGGAUAAGUGUAAUUCUUUGUUGAUUGGAGGUGAGAGAGAUACAAAAAGUAAAUAAUAGCAGUAAAGGGGCUGGAAUAGGGAAUGGCCUUGUUUUUUUUUUUUUUGACAAGUCUUAAAUUGUGUGUUUAUGUGUAAAUCUGUGUUCUUUGCAAGACAGGGCACAACAAAAGCUCUGUUCACUAGCCUAGGGCUAUUAUCGUGGCACAACCUGUUGGGCUAGUUUGUUGUAUUUUAUUGUUACAAGUUGUCUGAUGAGCUAGCAACAUUUUCCAUGAUAAAGUAUGUUAGUGGAGAAGAGGAGUUGGUUGGCCUGGACAACUGCUCCAGGCGAGUAAACUUCAGCAACAGCUUGCCUGAUUGACAAAAACUUUUUUUGAAUUUUCAUCUCACCCUACCUACAGUGAUUUGCAUUAGUCUAAGUUUUUCUAUAAAGGGGUUUAUGUUUUCUCUUCCUGCCUGACUUGGUAAGUCUGUUGUGUUUUUCACUACCUAGAUACAAGGAAGUUCAAAGGGAAACAUUUUGCUUUACAGAAGUUUUCUGAUGCUUUGCAGGUAUGUUACUGCAACUAGAUAGCCAUGAGUACUCUACUCUGUGAAAAAGAAAUACUGGGUUUUAAAUCUUAUUCCAUUUUUCCAACUCAAAUGUGAAUCCUCUCCUUUUGCCCCUACUCACUGACAUGUUUAUUAGGUGUUUAUUAGGCAACCCUCAUAAACACUGCUUAUUCUAUUAGUGAAAAAGGAGUUAUUCAAUCCUGUCAUACCAAUCAGAGUGUUUGACCCAGAAGCUGAGAUUAUGACAGUGUGCCUUUUUGCACCUUGGUUAAAAAUCUAAAAACUAGUUUUGUUACUUGGAGAAAUUAACAGCACCGCCAAAAAUAUCUUUCUUGAUUAAAUCAAUAAAUAAUGAUUUAGUGGUAGCACGUCUUACACCCCAUCACAAGAUUCUGUCUACUGACUCAGCACUCAUUAAAAUCAUGAGGCAAAUAAAUUUAAUGUUAAAUAAAAUUUUAAAUAAUAAUUAUUAUUGUGUUAUGUUUAAUGUGGGAUAAAGAACCUUCCCAUCUAGAUCAUCAGAUGGGAAGAAGACCCUUUAUGUUACCUGCAGCUUGCCGUUGUUUUAUUUUGCUUUAUUUUUAUUUCAGAUUGUUUUUAGUAAAGAUUCUUUACAACAUUCAGCCAGUGCAGAUCCAUCAUUAUUUUUCAAGGUAUAGUAGUUAAAUUUCUUUGAUUCAAUUCAGCAUAAAAGGUUAACUUCCCCACUGUGUCCCAGCAAUCCAGGUUCCAAAAGGCCUAACUCAUAGUGUGUUAACACAGCUCUCAAGAUAAGAAUUAAGAGAGCCUUAGUAUAUUUCUUUUAAGAUUGUAUGUUUUCUGAAGUGGUUAUAAGAGCCUCUGUCACUUGAGCUUUUGUUUUAAGUGAUAAUUUUCGGUCUUUUGCCUAAGGUUCAUAUCCAGCUUGAGCCAGAUAGUAAUAAGAAAAAGAAGAACCUUGAUGUGUGGACAACAGGAUCAAAGAUCAGCAAGCAAGGUAGUGCAACAUGUCAAACCUCCAUCACUAGCCCCAACCCACAGUGGGUUUUUUUUCCCAGUCAGCCACUCACACAGACAUGCAGACAUAACACCCUUUUUCGUGCACGCAAACACAUAAGAGACAUGUACAUGUAUGCAGUCAUGCAGACACACAGACAUGCACACACCAAGAGAUGCAGACAUGCGGAUACAGAGAUAGACCUGCAAAAAUGCAAAUAUGCAGACAUGCAGUCAUUCACACACAGACAUGCAGACAUUCUGAUGUGCAGACAGGCACACAAGUAGUCAGGCAGACAUGUCAACAUGCAGACACACAGCUGGGGUAGAUCCAGGAUUUAGUGAAUGGGGGUUCAGGUAAGUGUCCACUUAAGGUGGACCAUCCUAGGAGGGUCCUGGGCAUGCUCCCAUGCAAAAUUUUGAAAUUUAGACCCUCGAAAAGGUGAUCUCCAGCAUUUUUGUCACGUGCCUUUGAAACAACCUCUAUUUUAAUUAGCUAUUUUAAACAUGGAAGACUCUUAAAAAUUUACAAUAAUCGAGACCAAUAUCGGAAAUAAAUUUGAAAUAACAGUUGUAAAUUUGUAUACGCUCUAAAAAUCUCUCUUUAAUUUCUUCAAAAAUGGAAUCAACAGGGCAUUUAAAACCAGGAAAAGACUCUCUUCCAUCUAUGUUUUUUUUCUUUUCAAACAGUCAUUUUGUUUAAACAUUUUCGUUUUUGGUUUUGGGUCCUCAAACUAACCACAUGAAAAACCACCCGUGGAUGUUGAAACAUUUUCAUUUCGGUUUUGGGGGGUUGACACUAACCACCCAAUGCAAACCACCCCUGGAUCCCCCCCGGCGCAACCAGGCAGUCAUGUAGACAUGCACACUCACAGACAUUCUGACAUGCCGACAGGCAGAAAUGACACACAGACACACAGUCAAGCAGACAGAAGGAGUCACGCAGACAUACCUGAAAUAUAUGUCACAUCAGCAAUGUAGGUAACUACAAAGUGUGUGCCACCUACAGAUAAUCAUUGUUGACUUGCACUGAUGGUGCUCUUUGUUGUUCGCUUCUUGAAAUUGCAUUUAAAUGCAUUAAUUUUAUUAUUCAACAGCAAGGUAACAGUUUCAAUUUGUCUCAUUUGAUGUGUAGGUCGAACAUUAAGCUAUUGGUGCUUCAGCCCAGGGCAUGCCAUGAAAGAUCUGGCCUCCCAUGGACUGCGCUCAAUUGUACUGACAAGUGGAACUCUGUCACCUUUGACUUCCUUUAAAACUGAGAUGCAAAUGUAAGAUGAUUGUGCAAGUGCUUCCUUGUCAGAUACCAGAGGAGAUACAUGAAGUGCUUUUCAGUUCUCUCAGUUAUUUUUUUCAUUGUUUGGAUUCUCACUGCCUAAGUGAAAUAGACAAGUCAUGAAAUUGUUGUUAUUGUCUUUUUGUCCUUCAGUUCUUUCCCAGUUCAACUUGAAAACCCUCAUGUGAUUGAACGACAUCAGAUGAUGGUGGGUGUGGUCACUAAAUCGCCUGAUGGGGCCAACUUAAAUUCAUCCUAUGAAACGAGGUGAGCUUAGUGAGGAGGGCAUAAGGGGGAUACGAACACUGCAAAACUGCACAGAUAUAUGUAUAAACACCGCACAGAAUAACAUAAGGAAACUGCAAACAGAAUUGAAAUAAUACCUGAAAAUUUCUAAAUACCACAAAGUGCUUGGUUUUGUAAAACUGCAAUACGGGCGGUGAUGGGGUACUCUCUUACAAGAGGCUAAUGGGGAUGUGCCGCUGAUUGGGGUUGCAUUUUCACGACUGGAGUGACUAUAACGGGGUUGCAUUUUCAAUAGAGUUACUAGAAUGGGGUCACAAGUUUUCGGAUUUUGGAGGUAAGUAGGGAUUCAAAAUGGGAAGAUUCUCGGUUAAAAAAUCAGAAAGUUGUUGUUUAUUAAAAUUUAACAAUAAGCUCGCAUUGACAGCAUUACAUUCCACCGCUUGAAACCACAUUGAUAAGGUAAAUGUAUAAAUAGAAAGUAACUUAGUUUGGAUUGCGAGAAUUACGUUUUCCAAAAAGUGACUAAGUUGGGGUCUAUAAUUGGCCAAAAAAUAGAGUAUAAUGAGGUAGGGGCUCUGAGAGGCCAGUGGCAUACCCAGUAAACAUUAACCCAAGUAAACCCCCCUCCCAGGCUGCAAUACUGCAAAACCACAUCACCACAAACCCUUACAACCCCCUCCUUAGUAAUACUGUGCCUCAAUAAGUGACUGCAAUGAAUCUAUACAGUUUUAUGAAAGUUUUCGGAGUAAAACUGUGUUUCACUUGAGUUAGACUUAGGUUGUAAUUGGAGUCACCAGAGUGUCUAUGACCUGGUGGAUAUGGAUACUAAUGGUGUCGUAAGCUGAGUCAUGAGCUUUAGGGAACCAGAGUUGCAAGAAUCAAAGCUUUUCCAUUUUUUAACUCUGCUGUGUUAUGAUUGAGUGAAAACCAGAUUAUUGGAGCUGUAAGCCGAAGCAUAAGAAUGAGCAAAUCACAAUACUCAUAUUCUCUCACUGUAAUAUUGGGUUAGUUCAAGCUCCUUUUUGGAUAAUGGUACAAAAUGAUUUGACAGCUUAAGCUAAGGCCAACUCUUCCGCGAAAUCCCCUAAUCUCUUAAAUGGAACUUCAGAGGCAAAAAAUAUAUUCUUGAUUUAAUCCCCUGAGUACAACUUCUACGAAUUUCCUGUUUAGGUUUACAACAGAAUACAUGACAGGAUUGGGAAAUGCAAUGGGUGAGUUUAAUAAUUCAAAAUUACUAACAGCUAUCUAGUAUCAUUAGAGGAAUAAAACCUUGAAAUGCAUAUUAAGAGAUGUUAAAAUUAAGGUAGUAAAGUAUUAAUAGUUACCUGUUGUCUCCACUUAUAAUCCUGCUAAAAUUUGUAUUCAGAAAGUAAAAGGUGUACCUUGAGUCAUUUGUUUGCAGCCAUUCUUGAUGUAAUAAUUGUUGUCCUCUGUUUGCUCCUUCUUUUUAAUUGAAAAUUAACUGGCCAUCAAGCACUUGUAUGGAAUAGUAUUUUUUUGUUGUAGCAAUGUUCUAACUGUAAGUUUGAAUCAGUUAAUUUUGCCAGGACUGUACCAAAUGGACUUUUGGUGUUCUUCCCUUCUUAUCCUGUUAUGAACAAGUGUUUGGAACAUUGGCAGGUAAAAACGUUUUGCACAGUCAAGCAUUUAAUGUGAGAUUUUUCUUGAUGGAAAUGGGUGAUAAAGUACUGUUUUUCUGGUAGGGAUCAGGAACGUGGUCAAGACUGGAGCAGCAUAAACCAAUUUUUGCUGAACCAAGAGGCAAAGGAGACUUUGUUGAGGUUAGUGUCAUUUAAUUAUUAGUUCACUCCAUGCCAAAGUUUAGGUUCCUACAUAACUUCUUACAGUUUAGAGACAGCAAAUGAUUUUUUCUUCAGAUGUCAUCUCUGUCCCCUUCAAACAGUCCUCUCCCCAUCUUCUCCUUAGCAUUUGCUACAAGUGCCCUGGGUAGUCUGUCUCCUAGAUGUUUUUCUUUUUUUCCAAGGAAUUUGACAAGUGUGUGGCAGUGAUCAUGAGUGCUAAGCACACGAAAAAAAAGAAAACGUUUUUCUCAUUGACCCAUCCCCAGGCCACCCCUUUGCGUUAGCAAUUAAAAGAUCUAAUGUGAUUUUUAAAUAAGCAAGGGGGCUCAAUGAUCUCUAAAGAAAAAAUAGAGGGCGAUGGAGAGAAUAUAGCCUUGGACACUUGCUCUUUUCUUUGCAGAGAAGAUUUUAUAUUCCUCAAUGAUCAUAGAGCUCAAAACUUAGAGCUUUUAUUCUUUUCAGGACUUAAAUUGUCAAGGCAUCUGUCAUGCAUGCUGGAUGCACCAGCAAACCUUUGUAGUCUGUUAACUGACUGUUGCCCCUUUUGAUACUUCUUAAGCAUCCAAGAGGAAUUGCUAAUUUUAAAUUCAUCUUUGAGUGAAGAAGUUUUAUUUUGUUUAAUUAUAAUUGUUUUGGUAUUUAAUUUGUGUUACUCAGACUAUGGAGCAGUUUUAUGAAAAGAUUAAUGAUCCCAACCACAAUGGUGCAACUUUUUUCGCUGUUUGUAGAGGCAAGGUAGAGUACUAUUAAUUUAUAUAAGCUUCACGUAUUUUAUUACCUUUUUUUCUGUUGAUGAUUGACUGCAUGACUUUCUUAAAGGCUCUUAUUUUGUGACAUACUUAUUUUUUACAUUAAUUUUGUGUAGGUUAGUGAAGGACUAGACUUUGCAGAUAUAAAUGGACGUGCAGUGGUGAUAACGGGUCUUCCUUUCCCACCAAAAAUGGAUGCCAAGGUAAAGCAGUGAUUAUGUAGACAAAGAAUAAAGUUCAGAGGGGUAAUACUAAGCAAUGCUGCCUUUCAAUAUAUCUGUGGGCUAAAGGUUAAUGUUUUGGACUCCAGUUAAAGAGGGUGUGGGGGUAGGGGCCACUGGUGAGUCCUAGACAGGGUUAAUGCGUUCUGUUCUGGUGAAGCCUGUUUACUCUCACAGUGCCCGCUCAUGACUCCAACUAAGUGAAUAAAUGUGUAGCCUUCCAGCAACUUUGAUGUUUGAGGUAAGUAACCAAUGGACAAGCAUCCCAUCAAGGAGUACAACUGACUAUCCCUAGCUGCUUCAUGGUAUGAAAACUAGGAUGAACUUUGGCCUGAUGAAACCCUUAGCUUGAAUGCAGAUUUUACUUUAACUUUUUUAUGCUACUCUAAUGGGAAGUAGAGGGAAGGUAUUUGUCAUGUACACCUAAGCACUUACUGUUAGCAUCAAGAGUGUAUUAUAUACAUGUUACAAGAAUGGAAAAAUUAUUAGUACAAGUAACAAAAUGGGCAUGCAUUAUACCAUUUUUGAGAUGUUCGAAAAUCCUAGGAGAGGCAGGCAAGCAAGAAAUUUUACAACAAAUGUUCCGAAAAUUCUAGCUCUCAAAUAGUCUUCCGAACAGAUAUUUCCAAAAAUUGUCAUUGGGUGCCCCUGUACAUAAUGUAUGGUUUUUCUUAAAGUUAUGGAAUCUGUGAUGGUUUUGUUCAGGUGAGGCUAAAGAUGAGUUUCCUGGAUGAAAAUAUAAAGAAAGUCGGUCAUUCCACACAGGUACAUUAAUUUUUAGUGCUUUUUGAAGUACAAUAGUUAAUGUACCAUUAGAAGUUACUGUGUCCCAGGGCUUUGCUCGAAGUUCCAGUAGUAUUUCUUCGCAUCUUAAGGAAAGAGACGGUACUACUUUGUUGCAAAAGCCUUGGCCAAAGUUUGCCAAAGUCUUCCAGUCUCUUUUAGUGGACAGCUUCAUUUUGUUUGUGGCAGAGAAACGUGUUUCGACUUCUGUACAAAAGCUAUCUACCCCUGUCUUAAGGUGGCCUUUAUGCAGGGGUCUGACUCUAUUUAACAAAUCGGCAACAAUUUUCUAUGGUCUACACUCUCAUCAACCAUAGAAAUGAUGUUAAAAUGUUGAGACGUAAGUAGAACCAUGAACCUCAGGAAGUUGUUUCAUGCACUGCAAAUUUGUUAACUAACAUUUCGACGUCAUUUUUGUGGUCUAGAAGAGUAUAGACCCAAAAAGGUUGUUAUAGAUUUGUUUUUCACAAUCUAAUUGACAGUUUCUGACGUCCAUUUUCAUUUAAGUUAAAAGCAAAUUGCGCCAACAUCACGUCAUUUCCUUUGUCUAUAAAUAUUCUCCUCAAUCACAGUUCUGGACCAAUAAACAUGCAAAAUGUCAGUCUGUUAUUAUAAGAAACAGUUUCUUUUGGAAAUGGAGAUAUCUCAGAAGAAAAACAUUCUUUUACAGGGUUUAAGUGGUCGGCAGUGGUAUCGUCAGCAAGCUUCCAGAGCUGUCAAUCAAGCAGUCGGACGUGUGAUCCGCCACAAGCUGGAUUUUGGGGCUAUUUUGCUGUGUGACAUGCGUUUCACCUAUCCUGAUGCAAUUCGUCAGUUACCUGCGUGGCUUAGACCCUAUGUAAAAGUUUAUAAUGAGUUUGGUUUAGUGCAGAGAGAUCUUAAACAGUUUUUUAGGAAUGCUGAUAAAACGGUAUGUAGUUCUAAUACUCAUUCUUAAACUAUGUCCUCUACUCCUCGGAACAUUGUAGAAAUGUUUUUAAAAACCUUCCAAUAGUAGCUUACCGCUGCUCUGACAACUUAAGCGACAUUCUUGCUACAGCUUAAUUGCCAGAGACUGAUAAUGCCCGGGCCACUCCCGGUUCUUUACGCUGCAACAGCAGGAACUGUACCACAUGCCCCUAUACUGACCACGACAGUGUCAAUUAUACUUUCUGCUCCACGGGUGAAACCUACAAAAUCAAAUCUCACAUGACUUGUAAUACUUUCAAUGUCAUCUACAUCAAUGCCGCCUUUGUAAUUUGUAAUAUAUUGGGGAAACUAAACGCCGCCUUAAGGACCGUUUUAAUGAACAUAGACCCCCUAUACUUAACCCAUCUGGUAGUUACAUUCAAACCUCAGUUUCAGAACACUUUCUCUGCAAUAGCCACUCUGUUUCCCACAUGUUACUUAUCCCAAUUGAAACACUUAGAUAUGAACGCGAUUGUCUUAGGAAACCAUGUGUGAGGCGCACCUCAUUCAUAACGCCAAAACCAUCGAGCCUCUGGGAAUGAACAAACGUGACGAACAAUAAUCAGUGUGUAAUCUUUAUCUUUUUUCCGGUUUAUUUUUCGGUAAUGGGUUCAUGAUAACCGUCACGAAUAUAGAGACAUUAAGUGACCACUAAGCCCACUGUAAGAAUGUUGAUGUAAUUGCUGUAGUUACUAUAGUUGGUAUAGUAGCUGUAGUAGCAGUAGUUGCUGUAUUUGGUGUAGUUGGUGUAGUUGGUGUAGUUGCUGUAGUUGCCGUAGUUGCUGUAGUUGCUGUAGUUGCUGUAGUUGCUGUAGUUGGUGUAGUAGCUGUAGUUGGUGUAGUUGCUGUAGUUGCUGUAGUUGGUGUAGUAUCUGUAGUUGGUGUAGUAGCUGUAGUUGGUGUAGUUGGUGUAGUUGGUGUAGUUGGUGUAGUUGGUGUAGUAGCUGUAGUUGGUGUAGUUGGUGUAGUAGCUGUAGUUGCUGUAGUUGCUGUAGUUGUUGUAGUUGGUGUAGUAGCUGUAGUUGGUGUAGUUGCUGUAGUUGGUGUAGUUGCUGUAGUUGCUGUAGUUGGUGUAGUUGCUGUAGUUGCUGUAGUUGGUGUAGUUGCUGUAGUUGCUGUAGUAGCUGUAGUUGGUGUAGUUGCUGUAGUUGGUGUAGUAGCUGUAGUUGGUGUAGUUGGUGUAGUAGCUGUAGUUGGUGUAGUUGGUGUAGUUGCUGUAGUUGCUGUAGUUGGUGUAGUUGGUGUAGUAGCUGUAGUUGGUGUAGUUGGUGUAGUUGGUGUAGUUGCUGUAGUUGGUGUAGUUGCUGUAGUUGCUGUAGUUGGUGUAGUUGCUGUAGUUGGUGUAGUUGCUGUAGUUGCUGUAGUUGCUGUAGUUGGUGUAGUAGCUGUAGUUGGUGUAGUUGGUGUAGUUAGUGUAGUUGCUGUAGUUGCUGUAGUUGGUGUAGUUGCUGUAGUUGGUGUAGUAGCUGUAGUUGGUGUAGUUGCUGUAGUUGCUGUAGUUGGUGUAGUAGCUGUAGUUGGUGUAGUAGCUGUAGUUGGUGUAGUUGCUGUAGUUGGUGUAGUUGGUGUAGUUAGUGUAGUAGCUGUAGUUAGUGUAGUUGGUGUAGUUGCUGUAGUUGGUGUAGUUGGUGUAGUUGGUGUAGUUGGUGUAGUUGGUGUAGUUGGUGUAGUAGCUGUAGUUGGUGUAGUUGGUGUAGUUGGUGUAGUUGGUGUAGUUUGUGUAGUUGGUGUAGUUGCUGUAGUUGCUGUAGUUGCUGUAGUUGCUGUAAUUGGUGUAGUUGCUGUAGUUGGUGUAGUUGCUGUAGUUGGUGUAGUUGCUGUAGUUGGUGUAGUAGCUGUAGUUGGUGUAGUUGCUGUAGUUGGUGUACUUGGUGUAGUUGGUGUAGUUGCCGUAGUAGCUGUAGUUGGUGUAUUUGGUGUAGUUGGUGUAGUUGCUGUAGUUGCUGUAGUUGGUGUAGUUGGUGUAGUUGCUGUAGUUGGUGUAGAAGCUGUAGUUCCUGUAGUUGCUGUAGUUGCUGUAGUUGCUGUAGUUGGUGUAGUUGCUGUAGUUGGUGUAGUUGCUGUAGUUGGUGUAGUUGCUGUAGUUGCUGUAGUUGGUGUAGUUGCUGUAGUUGGUGUAGUAGCUGUAGUUGGUGUAGUUGCUGUAGUUGGUGUAGUUGCUGUAGUUGCUGUAGUUACUGUAGUUGCUGUAGUUGGUGUAGUAGCUGUAGUUGGUGUAGUUGCUGUAGUUGGUGUAGUAGCUGUAGUUGGUGUAGUAGCUGUAGUUGGUGUAGUUGCUGUAGUUGGUGUAGUAGCUGUAGUUGGUGUAGUUGCUGUAGUUGGUGUAGUUGCUGUAGUUGGUGUAGUUGGUGUAGUUGCUGUAGUUGCUGUAGUUGGUGUAGUUGCUGUAGUUGCUGUAGUUGGUGUAGUUGUGUAGUUGGUGUAGUUGCUGUAGUUGGUGUAGUUGCUGUAGUUGGUGUAGUUGGUGUAGUUGGUGUAGUUGCUGUAGUUGGUGUAGUAGCUGUAGUUGGUGUAGUUGCUGUAGUUGGUGUAGUUGCUGUAGUUGGUGUAGUUGCUGUAGUUGGUGUAGUUGCUGUAGUUGCUGUAGUUGGUGUAGUUGCUGUAGUAGCUGUAGUUGGUGUAGUUGGUGUAGUUGGUGUAGUUGCUGUAGUUGCUGUAGUUGGUGUAGUUGCUGUAGUUGGUGUAGUUGGUGUAGUUGCUGUAGUUGGUGUAGUUGCUGUAGUUGCUGUAGUUGGUGUAGUUGGUGUAGUUGGUGUAGUUGGUGUAGUUGCUGUAGUUUGUUGUAGUUGCUGUAGUUGGUGUAGUAGCUGUAGUUGCUGUAGUUGGUGUAGUUGCUGUAGUUGCUGUAGUUAGUGUAGUUGGUGUAGUUGGUGUAGUUGCUGUAGUUGGUGUAGUUGGUGUAGUAGCUGUAGUUGGUGUAGUUGGUGUAGUUGGUGUAGUAGCUGUAGUUGGUGUAGUUGCUGUAGUUGGUGUAGUUGGUGUAGUUGCUGUAGUUGGUGUAGUUGGUGUAGUAGCUGUAGUUGGUGUAGUUGCUGUAGUUGGUGUAGUUGCUGUAGUUGGUGUAGUUGGUGUAGUUGGUGUAGUUGCUGUAGUUGGUGUAGUUGGUGUAGUAGCUGUAAUUGGUGUAGUUGGUGUAGUUGCUGUAGUUGGUGUAGUUGCUGUAGUUGGUGUAGUUGGUGUAGUUGCCGUAGUAGCUGUAGUUGGUGUAGUUGGUGUCGUUGGUGUAGUUGCUGUAGUUGGUGUAGUUGCUGUAGUUGGUGUAGUUGCUGUAGUUGAUGUAGUUGGUGUAGUUGAUGUAGUUGAUGUAGUUGCUGUAGUUGCUGUAGUUAGUGUAGUUGGUGUGGUUGGUGUAGUUCGUUGUAGUUCGGUGUAGUUGCUGUAUUUUGUUGUAGUUGGUGUAUUUCGGUGUAGUUGAUGUAGUAGCUGUAGUUGGUGUAGUUGGUGUAGUUGGUGUAGUUAGUGUAGUUGGCGUAGUGGGUGUAGUAGCUGUAGUUGGUGUAGUUGCUGUAGUUGCUGUAGUUGGUGUAGUAGCUGUAGUUGGUGUAGUUGCUGUAGUUGGUGUAGUUGGCGUAGUAGCUGUAGUUGGUGUAGUAGCUGUAGUUGGUGUAGUUGGUGUAGUAGCUGUAGUUGGUGUAGUUGGUGUAGUUGGUUUAGUUGCUGUAGGUGGUGUAGCUGGUGUAGUUGGUGUAGUUGGUGUAGUAGCUGUAGUUGGUGUAGUUGGUGUAGUUGCCGUAGUAGCUGUAGUUGGUGUAUUUGGUGUAGGUGGUGUAGUUGCUGUAGUUGCUGUAGUAGGUAUAGUUGCUGUAGUUGGUGUAGUUGCUGUAGUUGAUGUAGUUGGUGUUGUUGGUGUAGUUGGUGUAGUUGAUGUAGUUGAUGUAGUUGAUGUAGUUGAAUCUGAAUAAAGUGCCGUUGUGGUGUCAACAACAAAAAUGCAAAUACUUUAAACUGUUGCGAGGCACCAAAACAAAGUAUUGGGAGAAAAAGAAAGUACUCAAGCAGAUGCAAAUGUUUGAAAGCGGGAAUAAAAUGUGGUGACAAGUGCAAAUGCAAAAGCUGUGGAAACGGAAGAAACUCACCUGAAGCAAAGCAAAGAAAGAACUACAGAAGCAAGUUUAUUAAAACAUCUUUCACUAAAAGAAUAACAGAAAAACCAUUUUUAUUACAAAGGGAAGGCGCGGAUUACACACGUAGCAGUUUUUCUGUGUUGGAACUUAUGAUUUUGGAAUUUUGCUUACUGUCGUUGGGAAUCAAAUCUUGUAAAAACAAACCAGAAAAAGUGGCAAAGCUCUACAACUCAUGUAUUGAUUUUUAUAACCGCUCUACAGCACACAAAUUAACUCGGAGGUCGGUUAUUGAAAUAAAAAAGGAAAUGAACAAACACAAAAGCAGCAAGAACAACAAAAAAUAGUUUUAUUUCAAAUCGUUACUUAAAUGUAACAAUGAAGUAACAAACAAGGUUUAAUCGUGUUAGUCGCAAUGGUCAUUUAAUAUAUGUGAUCCAGGGGCUCUUUAUUUUUGCUGAAAAAAUAGACGAAUACUAAUUGGCACUCUCGACUCACCAAAACUUUCACAUAAUGACAAUGCUUUAAAGUAUUAACGGUGAGGUCACUCUUUGAGGUUUAAUGACCAUAGAUUUUAGGGAAAUAGGGAAAACGGCGCUAAAAUGAAGAUAAUCCGUAAAUUUCAAGUGCUAGAUGCAGUCAGACAUUAUGUAGAGUAAUUACAUAAAUAUUAAGAGAAAGGAUAUAAAGGUAAAGACAUCAUAUAAUUUCAAUGAAAUUAUAUCAAAUAUCAUCAUUAUAUAAGAUUAAUUACCCGUUAGAGAGCAUAAGUUUCAAGAAUCACCAGAACGUUUUCGAGAUCCUCCCAAUUACUAAGUACAGUCGACUUCCGAUAACUCGAACCUUCAAGGGAAAUGCAAAAAAGUUCAAGUUAUCGGGAGUUCGAGUUAUCGGGAGCUUGAAGAAAAUAGCCGGAGGUAAGGUGAGAAACAGUUUCAGUACUGUACAGUGGACAUUUUAAUCACAUUUUAUUGCAGAAAUGUUAAGUGAAAAUUGAAACAUACUUUCAGAUUAUAAAUCACAACGUAUAACUUAACAAAACACAGUCUAAAUAGAGCCUGCGUUUUACUGUUUUGAGAAGUAAAGCUGUUUCACGUUAGAUUUGUGAGAAAUAACAUCAGCCUCCACUAGUGAACUAUAUCUGCGACAGGUCAGUGGGACUUUCAAAUCCAAUGUUUUGGACGCCAGUACACUGUUUUUCCACACUUUUUAAGGGCUCAAAACACGGUUCGAGUUAUCGAAGGUAAAGUUGUAUAGAAAAUGACCUGAGGGGAAACGAAAAUUGGUUCGAGUUAGCGGGAGUUCGAGUUAUCGAGGAUUCGAGUUACCGAGGGUAAAAUUACAUUAAAUGUAUGGCGGAAAUCCAGGGGAAAUCGAUUUUAGUUCGAGUUAGCGCGAGGUUGGAGUUAGCGAGGGUUCGAGUUACCGAGAGUCAACUGUAGUGCUCACAGAUAAACAGGUGUCAUUUUGGUGAGAAAACUAGUUGGCCGUCGUCAAUCUACUACGUUCUUUAGCGAGAACGUCAAAAAAAAAACUAAAAAAAUGUUCAUUACAAUCUCGUCAUCGUAUUCCUUCAACUAGACAUACUAAAAAAAAAGUAACUACAUCCAAACUACACCAAACUACAUCGAACUACAGCGGAGAUGCCAAAUCUGGACACUCUUUCUUUUGCAUUACUCCCCGAAUAUCAAUGAUCAACCCCCCGAUAAGCACAAUACAGCAACUACACCGAAUUACACCAACCACAUCAACUACAACUACACUAACUACACCAACUACAGCAACUACACCAACUACAGCAACUACACCAACUACAGCAACUACAGCAACUACAGCAACUACAGCUACUACACCAACUACACCAACUACAGCUACUACACCAACUACACCAACUACAGCUACUACACCAACUACACCAACUACACCACCUACAGCAACUACGCCAACUACAGCAACUACACCAACUACACCAACUACGGCAACUACACCAACUACAGCAACUACACCAACUACAGCAACUACACCAACUACACCAACUACAGCUACUACACCAACUACACCAACUACAGCUACUACACCAACUACACCAACUACACCAACUACAGCUACUACACAAACUACACCAACUACAGCAACUACACCAACUACACCAACUACACUAACUACACCAACUACAGCAACUACACCAACUACAGCAACUACACCAACUACAGCUACUACACCAACUACAGCAACUACACCAACUACACCAACUACACCAACUACAGCAACUACAGCAACUACACCAACUACAGCUACUACACCAACUACACCAACUACAGCUACUACACCAACUACACCAACUACAGCUACUACACCAACUACACCAACUACACCACCUACAGCAACUACGCCAACUACAGCUACUACACUAACUACACCAACUACGGCAACUACACCAACUACAGCUACUACACCUAACUACAGCAACUACAACCAACUACACCAACUACAGCUACUACACCAACUACACCAACUACAGCUACUACACCUAACCACAACCAACUACACCAACUACAGCUACUACACAAACUACACCAACUACAGCUACCACACCAACUACACCAACUACACUAACUACACCAACUACAGCAACUACACCAAGUACAGCAACUACACCAACUACAGCUACUACACCAACUACAGCAACUACACCAACUACAGCUACCACACCAACUACAGCAACUACACCAACUACAGCAACUACAGCUACUACACCAACUACAGCAACUACAGCAACUACAGCUACUACACCAACUACAGCAACUACAGCAACUACACCAACUACAGCAACUACAGCAACUACAGCUACUACACCAACUACAGCUACUACACCAACUACAGCAACUACAGCUACUACAGCAACUACAGCAACUACAGCAACUACACCAACUACAGCUACUACACCAACUACAGCAACUACAGCAACUACACCAACUACAGCAACUACACCAACUACACCAACUACAGCUACUACACCAACUACAGCAACUACACCAACUACAGCAACUACAGCAACUACAGCAACUACAGCAACUACACCAACUACAGCAACUACACCAACUACAGCAACUACACCAACUACAGCUACUACACCAACUACAGCUACUACACCAACUACAGCAACUACACCAACUACACCAACUACACCAACUACAGCUACUACACCAACUACAGCUACUACACCAACUACAGCAACUACCGCAACUACAGCAACUACAGCAACUACACCAACUACAGCAACCACAGCAACUACAGCAACUACACCAACUACAGCAACUACACCAACUACACCAACUACAGCUACUACACCAACUACACCAACUACAGCAACUACACCAACUACACCAACUACAGCUACUACACCAACUACAGCAACUACAGCUACUACACCAACUACACCAACUACACCAACUACACCAACUACAACAACUACAGCAACUACAGCUACUACACCAACUACAGCAACUACAGCUACUACACCAACUACAGCAACUACAGCAACUACAGCAACUACACCAACUACAGCAACUACAGCAACUACACCAACUAUACCAACUACACCAACUACACCAACUACAGCUACUACACCAACUACAGCUACUACACCAACUACAGCAACUACACCAACUACACCAACUACAGCAACUACACCAACUACAGCAACUGCAGCAACUACACCAACUACAGCUACUACACCAACUACAGCAACUACACCAACUACAGCAACUACACCAACUACAGCUACUACACCAACUACAGCAACUACAGCAACUACACCAACUACAGCAACUACAGCAACUACACCAACUACAGCAACUACAGCUACUACACCAACUACAGCAACUACAGCAACUACACCAACUACAGCUACUACACCAACUACACCAACUACAGCAACUACAGCAACUACACCAACUACAGCAACUACACCAACUACAGCAACUACAGCAACUACACCAACUACAGCAACUACAGCAACUACACCAACUACACCAACUACACCAACUACAGCAACUACACCAACUACAGCAACUACACCAACUACAGCAACUACAGCAACUACAGCAACUACAGCAACUACACCAACUACACCAACUACACCAACUACAACAACUACAGCAACUACAGCUACUACACCUAGUACAGCAACUACACCAACUACACCAACUACACCAACUACUGCUACUACAGCUACUUUACCAACUAUAGUAACUACAGCAAUUACAUCAACAUUCUCACAGUGGGCUUAGUGGUCACUUAAUGUCUCUAUAUUCGUGACGGUUAUCAUGAACCCAUUACCUUUUUCUGAGCAGCCACACCUUACCACGUCAUACCAUGUAACUUUCGUUUAUUACAGUAGUAUAUAUUCUGUAUAUUCGUGGUUUUUCCUAAUAAACCUGAUGAAGACUAUAGUAUUGGCCAGUCGAAAUAUUGUAUACCUCAGCCUUUUUCACGUUGUUUCAUCAGUCUUUGCACUGGUCUUUUUUACGUUAAUUCUAUUUUUACGACAGAAGUUAAGCUUAGUGACAACCCAAUCUAAAUACGUGCUUAAGCUUGGUUGAUAAAGGGCUUUAAGUCACUGAAUCACUUUUUGUUGAUACUUAAUAAAUAUAUAUAUAUUUUAUUUGAAGGUCUAUUUCUGGCUAUAAAACUUCACUCAAUGUUUAUACUCCUCCAGGUUGAUAAGUCCUCAAUAAAAGUUAAAGGAAUCAAACGUCAAGCAAACAAGACAGGCGGAUCAUUGCCAUCCGCUGGUUGUCCAGCUGCUGAAAAUGAACUGCAUAAUAUUCAACCCGAAACAAUGUCCUCUUUGAGGAGUAAAACAGUUGAAAUUGCUUCAUUGACAGAAAACUUCUUACGAGAAGGUACUCAAGUUUUACUGACCAAUAUAUUAACCACGUUUUUAAAGACUUUAAUAUUUUGUCUGUUUGAAGCAGAACAAGGUCUGUUUAUUUAUGGGUAGCAGAUACUGCUAUGUCAUGUUUUGGUUUUGUGUACCUACCCUGUGACGAGAGCUCCGCUCUUCCCCCUCUCUUAACCCUUUAAGCCAACAAUAUCCACAUACAAAUUCUCCAGACUGAUUCCUCUACAUUUCUUUAAACAACAGUUGAGAGAAUUUGAUAAAAGAUCAAACCAUUCUCUCUUUGGUGAUCAUUUUAAUAACUCUCAUCACCCUUUCUCUUGGUCGUAAAGUGAUAAUAUUAGGAGAAAAUUAAAAAAUUAAAACUUAAGGGUUUAAGUAUGCUGUCAGAUGUUCCAAAAAAUGUGAGACAUUUUCAAGUCCAAAGCCAACCCCAUGUAACGUGAAAGAAACUCAUGGUAACAGUGUUUCUUUUAAGCUAUUGUUAUGUACUCGUAAGUGAGGGAAAGAGGAUUUCGCAUUUAACACUUAAUGACUGGUCCCUCAGGAAACAGUUAAUUUUGUUUCCCGAGAAUCUUGAAACAAAAUGAACUGUUUCCUGAGGGACCAGUCUUAAAGUGAUUUGUUAUAUGGCUGGAAAUUCUGAAGCUGGAAAUUCAUUAAACAUUGCAGUAACGGCGGUCGUUGGUCAACAUUAGGGACUUUAAGAUCCAACGACGUGACAGCAACGAGAACGUCGCUUAAAAAGUGAAUUUGCGUUCCUUCAGUUUUUAUAGCGAUUAUUCCUACUCACUUACUUUGUCAAAUGUAGGCGAACCCUCCUGAAGCUGAAUUUCAAGGGACAAUAUUCAAGCUCAGAAAGAGAAAUAAAACUUCGUCGUUGCUUGUUUACGACCUCCAUAAAACGCCAAGUUAGACAUUGUCACGUCGUAGUCAUGCAAAAACCGGAGAGAAACGUACAAAAAAGCGUGAUGUACGUGCGAAGUUGUUGUUUUGCUUAUUAAACCAAUUGUCUUUUUGACGUUCUCGUUGCCGUCCGCGUCGUUGGAUCCUAAAGUCCCUAUUCGUGGGUAACGGUGCACUGUUACUCUAUGACGUCAUAGAUUUUGCAGUGUUGCCCGCUUCGAGAUUUUGGCGGGAAACAGUUUCAUUGUGGAUAUCGUGUCAGCUGUCAUGUGACCUCGAAGUAACCAAUGACAAAUAGCAUAAGAUGGGCAUUUUUCUUCACACCCUGCUACUUCCUGAAAGUUUACUAGGUUCCCUUCUCUCUUUUCUUUCUAAUCUUGUCCUCAUAUUUUAGUCAAUUCCUGAAUUGGUAGCGAGUUUUUCCCAUUUUGUUUUGAGUUUCUUUCAUCCAAAACAUAGAUUAGUUUCAAGUUUAAGUGGCCUACCUAGGUCCGUCUUAGAGAGAGUUAAAGUUGACCUUGCUUGUGUUCUGGCAAGGUCUUGGUAUUGACCAUACAAAAUUCGUAUACGUCCUGUUUCUAAUCUUGAGUGAUGUUUUAGCUUCAGUCUCGUCUGUCCAGCUCAAAUAUGUUUACAAGUCAUCUGGUAUGAAGCAAGCGGUUAACACUACAAAACAAGCCAGCUUGAUUGAGUCUUUAACCAGUUCAGAGGUAAGAAUUAAUGCAUUGGAAAUGUUUGCCAUGUAAUAUCAAUAAGUACUUUUUGGAGAUCUGUUAUUGAAGCAUUCCCUUGAUAGAUUGUUAUUUUGAUAUUCCAGAGUGCUCUGGAAAUGGAUGUACAUCACAAAAGCCCCGAGCAGAAGGUCAGAGGAUGCUUAAUAUUUUGUUGUACUUUUUACAUCACUUUUCAUAUUAAAGGAGCAGUGUCAUGAAAUUCAGCCAAAUUAAGAAAUUACAAAAUGCCCGUUGAAUUAAGAGAAACAUAAACAUAACCGCUUAAAACUAUCAAGGAAGGUUAAAAUGACGUAACAUAAACAACAGAUGCCACGGAUGGGCAAAACUGAAGAAGACUGGAACGGAUUGAAAUUAGGGUUUUUGAAAAUUGUUCAGCCUAACAGUUUUUUAAAGUUGAUCCCUGCUGCUUGCAGCCUCAAAAAUAAUGCUCAGGAGACAUUUGUUUUUCUCGGAUCUCUGAUUUUGUCGUUUAUAUGUAAUUUCUUUGCUUACUUUAAGUUCCAUAGCGAUUGAGGGCGAGUAAUUGACAAAAUUAAACAAAAUGAACUGGACUGCCUUGACACAACAGCCCCUCUAUCGACGUACCUCGCCUCUUCGCGCUCCGUUAUGCAUAACGCCUCUACACCUCUCCGACAACCUGCCCUAUCCCUCGCACACGCUCUUGCCUGAUCCCAAGACCCCCACCCCGUCUCUGCUGUCUCUACAAAGUGAAUGUCAUCAGUAUGGUUACCUGGGCAGCCUCUUCAUUCCUCCUACUGCUGUCUCGAAAAAGUUGUCUAGUUUCACUCAUGAUAUGGGACAUAAACCCAUCGUCCAACUCCCAACCUGGAGGACCAGGUGUUGCAGUAUGGUCUUUCACCCAAAACCUGCCCAGCACGUUUGAACCCACCGGGGACCAAGGUCCCAACUGGUAUAGCAUCCAAAUUUCCCAACCACAUAAAGGCGUAACACUAAGGGAGAACUUUUCAGAUAAACUGAAUUUUAAAUGAAUUUUAACUAAAUAAUGCGGUGUAAUGCUCAAUUCAUUGCAAUUCCAUUCAAUUCAAUUCUUUAUUCACACUAUAUAAGAUAUUUACGUAAGUGUACAUAGUAGGAAAAUAAAGUAGCUACAAAUAAUAAUUAACUAAAAGACAUUAAGUUCAUUUGUGUACGGUGUCCAAAGUAGCAAGAGCUUUCUUGUUGGACACCGUCAUGUUGAAAUAAUUGGCAGCAGUAAAGAGAGGAGUAAAAUCUCAAAUAAUAUCAGUGAUAGAAGAAGACAGGACUUCCAUUCUUUCUUAAACUUAUGAUAUGGCAGACACUUGACACCAGGCGGUACAGUCUCCCAGAUUUUUGGAGCGGAGAAUUUAAAGGACGUCUUACCUAAGUUGGUGGAUACUCUUGGCCUAAAAUAGUUCAGAUUACUGACAAAUCUUGUAUUAUGAUUACGUAUACGCGAUGCUGGAGUCAGGACAUCAAGGAAAAUAUCUGGAAUGCUAUCAGUCUCAUUUCUCAUUCUAUGUAUAAAGCAACAUAUUUUUAAUUUAUAUAUAUAUUAUCUAAUUUAAGGAUUGUUAGGAGUUUGAAAUAGGGAGCAGCACUCUCUCUAGGAUGUACAAAGAAGAUGGUGCGGAGACAUUUAUUAUGUUUAAUACGAAGACAAUCUAAUCUGGUUUUGCUGGCACAACCCCAAGCAAGAAUACCGUAACUCAAAUAGGGAUAUAUUAAAGCAUAAUAAAUUUGUUUCAGUAUAUUCAGUAUAUUGCUCUCCAUCUAAUAAUUAUUUUUAUGCUCAAAUUUUUACAGGGAACAACCCUGUCAGAAGCUAUAAUGAAACGAAAGGAAGGAAAUAUUCAGCCAAAGCCUAAGAGAGUUUUAAAGGUAGAAUACAGAUAACAGUAAGCUGAAUUCAAAGAGAUCAAAUUUUUAAAAUGAUCGUAACUUUUCCAAAGAUUUAAUCCACAGCAAGGUUUCAAAGGGCAGCUUUCUGGGGUGAAAGCUGGUUUUUUUUCAUAACGACAGGUUUAAAAAGAUCGAAUGAAGUUUUUACCGAUGUUGUUCAGCAAUUUAUUAGGUAGCCUUGAUUGUGAUCCACUAUUUUGGUACUUUCAGGUUGUAAAAGUCAAAGAAGGGACAUCAAAACAGGUAUCCAAACUUACUGCUUUCCUUUCUUUCUUUGAAAAUAGCAUUUGUAUGUUCAAGGUAUGAUAUAAGGAGCAAAGUUGCCAGAGGAUAUUUUAGUAGUUCACCCAGUUCUGUGUAGUGUUUAUCACCAUUACGUACUAAAUUUGCUUCUUUCAGCCUGAAAUUCAAGAGGUGUCAUCUAAGUUGCAGAAAUUUAAUGAUGCUAAGGAGUAUGUAAUGAAGGUAAAUAACAAAAACAAAAUGAAAUUAUGGAGAAGUCAGAUCCAAGUGUUUUUUAUAAAGCGAAAUGUAUUUUGUUCAUCACUGUUGGUAACCAUUCCUAAAAGAGACCGCGUCCAUGGCUGACAAUCCCUGCAACCCGGCUACUGACUCGUACCCAGUCUUGUAAGCGGUCACGGAACGGUCGCCGGUGACUAUUACGGUAUCUGGUGCGAAGGGGACGAUGGGAAGGUAAAUGGGGGAUACUCUCCUCUUUCCUCCUUCCCAUCGUCCCUCGCGCUUCUCUUGAUCGCGCUUCUCUCGUUAAUAGGGACCUUAAGAUCCGACAACGGCGAUGGCGACGUCAACGAGAACGUCAAAAAAAGCAAUAGGUUUAGUAAGCAAAACAACAACUUCGCACGUGUGCCACACCUUUUUGUACAUUUCUUUGCCAUCACUUCACGACUACGAGGUGGAAAUGCCUAACUUCACGUUUUGUGGAGGACCUAAACAAGCGACGAAGAAAUUUACUUUUUCUCUCUGAACUUGGAUAAGGCUCUUAGGAGAGUUCCUAUACUUAUGAAAAAAUAAGUGAUAUGGAAUAAUUGCGAUGAAGAUUGAAAAACGCCGUGCAAGAGAGAAACCUCUGCUUGCAGGGUAACUGGAAAGCCAAACGCUAUAAAAAUGCACGUAGGCCCGAAAGCACGUGGGUGAAUUCUCUCUGUCGCGUAAAAUUUACGUACGUACACACGUCAAAAUCACGCAGUAGUGGAACUCAACCUUUUUUGUGACAGUAACCGCAUACAAACCUCCCCACCACAUACAGUAAAGAUUAUAGUGCAUGCUCUUUGGUUUUACUUCGUAAAUUUCUUUUAACUGCAUUUCUGCAAGUCUAGGUGGAGUUGCAAGGGAAUUCCUUUGUGUUUAGCUAGGCAGUAUCGUUCAUCAAACGUGACGAGUUAUUUUCUGAGCUUGAUAAGACAUCGUUCUUAUUAGCUUGUAUCCUUAAUUUGCGAUGUCUGAUGUUAAUGUGCUGUUCCAUGUUUGCAGGUCAGGAAAAGCCUUGGUGAUGACCACUACAGAAAAUUCUCGGAGAUUUUAGUUAACUAUAAACGGGUUUGUUCACUUGCGAUCGCUAUCGUCAUUUUUUUUCUUUUUAUGUACAAGGUUACAGCUAAGAUGGGAAAACUUUUCAUUGUUGUUUAUUGUACGUUCUUACUUUUUUCAGAGGCGUGAAUUAGGUGCUUUAAUAGAAGGCCUUAAGAAGCUCUUCUUAAGAAGUGAAGAACAGUAUCCGUUAUUCCUAGGUAUGCUUAGUUCAUUGUCUUGUGGGAUCUUGGAAAUGCAAUUUGAAGAAUCAAUACUUCCUUUACUUUUUGGUUGUGAUUUAAGAGUUACAUUUAACAAAUCGACCACAAUUUUGCAUGGUUCACACUCUUAUAGACCAUAGAAGUGACGUCACAAAAUGUUCAAAAUUCAAGUCCAACCACGAGCCGCAGGCGAGUGGUGUCACUGCAAAGUUUUGAACAUUUUAUGGCAUCAUUUCUACGGUCUAUAAGAGUGUAGACCAUGGAAAAUUGUGGUCGAUUUUGUUUUUUUACAAUAACUUUUUUUUUUUACGAAAAACCAAACAACAAAACAACUGGCACUGCGUGACAUGUUACGUCAUUUCCAUGGUCUAUACUCUCAUAGACCAAAGCUCUCGACCAAUCAGCGCGCGAGGAUUCGCUCAGUUAUUGUAAAAUUUGCUAUUGUCCAUCGUCUUGAUAACAAAGUGAGAGAGAGUUUCGUUUUUGAAAACAGGUUUUUCAAGUUAUAUCCGAGAUCCAGCAGACAAAAUGCGGUUCUUUCAAGCAUAUACUGAUAUCACAGGCUUAGGUAAGAAAAUGCAAAUGGUCAGAUACAGAUCUGUUGAGGCUAUUUUAUAGUUGUAACACUAUGUGCCCAAACUACAGUUUUUCGUAGGUUUGUGACCUCUGCUUCCUCACCAUACCCCAAAUAUUCUCUCCGUUUAUAGAACUACUAAACUUUUAACCUUUAUCUCUCAUUACCUAGACCUGAGAAUAGUUACACCUCUGAUAAGAGAUGAAUCCUGUUGUGUUGACCUUUGUGCGUAAGUCGUCAGUCUAUCAGUAAAAGGGUGAUCAUUCCUUUUAUGCACCGCUAAGUAAUUAAUUUGGCAUUUGUUUAUGCAAGAAUAGUUUCUUGCUCAUUAUGUUACUGUAAUUUCUUUAAGUGAAAUUUCCUUACUACGUAUUUUCCAGUUGUUCCAUCGGAUUAUAUUGCUGGUCUUAAGGUCGAAAAGGGAGAACAGUCUUGCCUAGAAAAUGGUAUGCUUAUUAACACAUCGAACUUGUACAUACUUUUCCUUUAAUAUACCUGGUAGACAUGUAUAGUGAAGAAAUAAACGCAAAAUAAGAUCGUCUAUGAUCUUUUUCGCGUUUAUUUAUGUGAAUAUCUUUCACCUUUAUGAUAACCAUAUUUGGUAGACGGUGGAUUGCCGCCUUUCUGACAGUUGAAAGAGACUGGGGAGGCAUAAAAUUUCUGUGCAGAUUCCUGUUCAGUGAAAGCCAUUUUGUGAGGUCAUGAUUUUGGAUUUUAGUGAAAAAAGUGUAUAUGUUGUGGUUCAGUUUUGUCCUUGGUUUAAAUUUUACUUUUCGUUUUUCUUACACUCAUUAUUCUAAAAUUACCAUACCCUAAAACAAACGAAAAGGAAAUUUAAACUAAUGAUAACUUUAAGGAAUUAAACCACAACAUCUACAGGGAAGCAUAACUAAUGUAAUAAAUAUUAAGUAACUGUUAUAGAGUGUUUUCACAUGACGUCACGGCGGCCAUAUUGGUGUCCCAAAACAAUGAAACGGCGGCCAUGUUGGUGUCCCAAACGGGUCCUGUGGGAGUUGAACUCUUUUCUUAUGCAAACGCUUUCUUUUGUUCCAGUAAAUUUGCAUAGAUGCUAGCCACGUGAGUGAAAACACUCUAUAAGGAGGUGUCAGUUGGCGGAAUUUUAAUAGCAAAAUUAAAGAAAAUUUUACCAGAAACGCUUUUCUCGCGGAACCUCUGAAAGCCUGGGGGAGGGAGGAACAGUAGGAAACAAAGAGGGAAAAACAGAAAAGGAGGGAAAAAUAGUAACGCAAGCAGGUUAUGGGCUCCUGACACAAGUUUGCAAGGACUAGACUGAGGAACCAAAAGCAUAACAGGCACCAGAAAUAUCACCAAGCAAAUACUUGAGAAGGACGUUAGUAUACUGGACCAACUGUUUGAAAGAGAAAAAUUUCUUUAAUAAACAGGUUGAAAUUCAAAAUUUGGAAUUUGGAGCGCAAGCGUCCAAAACAUCUUUGGUCACGGUUUUGUUGGUAGAGAACUCGGAUUCAACAGUCAUGUGUGAAGGCAACUCGAGAUUCCACGGCGCUAAACGACCCACGCGCAUCACUAGUUUACAGUUUGGCAUGUUCAGUGCAUUUUGUGACUUAGCUUCUGUCGUUUAUAUUGUGUUCAGAUGAUUGCAAAGUUGGAAAGAAAAGGAAAACCGGGGAAAGUGACUGUUUAGUUUCAGCGGAACCUUCGGAGAAGAAAACGAAAACCCAAGGAAAAGACAAGGUGAUAUAACUAACUCUUAUUUUAGGUUUAGAAGGGCUAAGUGGUUAAUUCUCACAGGGAAUAAACACUUACAGGAGCUAAAGCGAUUAAAAAUAUAAAGUCAAUAAAAACGGUCAAGCUCAGCUUUGAAUUUAGCAAUGUUUGGCUGGUCCAAUGUGACAGCAGGGAGAGUAUUCCAUAGAUUGACAGUGGAGGGGAAAAGUUCCCAUAUAGUAGUUGGUAUUGCAGGCGAUACUUCUUUGGGUGGUAAUUUCUAGUGUUCUUACAUGGCAUGGCGAUUUCUCUUGGGAUUUCUGUAAUACCCAGGGGAAAUUGGAAACAAAAGUAUGAUGAAAUCUUUUUUUUGGGGGGGGGGGAGCGGGGGUAAACAAGGUACAUUAUGGUCUAUGUGAAAAUGAUGAAUCGUGUGAACACCUACCUGAUAUGUGACUCUCCACUCUGGAGAUCGGCGCGGCGCGGCUUCACUUCGUUACAGAAAUCGCGCCAAAAUCACCGUUCUUAUGAGUCAACGGAUGCCAUCCGAUGUGGUCUUCGUGCCAACACAAAGGCUAUCCGGUAUGGAUUGAACGUAGCGUCGGACGGGAGUUGCAAGGGCUCGUUUGUUACUAGAGACUCUUCAAGUAUGGUUCUCGAAAUUGAGGAUUAUGUUCUGUUUGUUUUCUUGUAUAAGGUCGGCAAGCCAGGAUGUAGUUCAGCCAACCUGGUGGACCCUAACUCGCAAGUUCUUAAUGUUACCAAUCAUCUUAAUUGUAAUAGCUUAUAACAGAGCAAAUCUAGCCAUCAAUUGCUGGUGUUGGUAUCAUCAUGCACUGGUGUUGGUGUGACUAUUUAACAAGCACGAAGCGUUCGCCAUAUCGCUUUUGAUGUGUUCGCGUGAGGUCUGGGUCAAAGUGGCCUAUGAUUGUUCCACGGCCUUGUACUUAUGCUUGUGCUUAUAUCGACCCCGUUUUCACUAGUCAAAGCUACGACAAAAGCAUAAGCACAAACACAAGAAGAACGAACUUGUCCAUUUUUCUUGUGCUUAUGCUCAUGCUUAUGUCGCGGUAGUUUUCACUUGUUUACACAUGUGCUUGUGUGUGUGCUUAUGCUUAUGCGCUAGUGAAUAACGAGGCUUAAUACAACAACGACAACAACAACAACUUUAUUUCACAUUAAAAAGUUUAGAAGUCAUUAAAAAGGGAACAAGAAGUAUUUCACAGCACAACCCGCAGUUAGCUUAAGCUAAUUGAGGCGAGAGCGAAGUGGACCAAAAGAAAAAAAACAAAUAUGAGACUGAAAAACUAGCCAUAAUAAUAUUACAAAGAGAACAAAAUUUGAUUCCCUGCACGGCCUAAAUUAUACGCUAAGAAUUGCUAAACUUAAAUAAAUACUCUACAUCUAAUAACAGCCCG